AUGCACGAAACGAGCCUCAUCAAUCCGGUUGUGUCGAACAACCAACGGAUGAUUGGUUUAUGGACCCGCAUCGCGCAACGAUACAAUGAGGAGGGAGUGAAGCCUAAAGGGGCACCAUCUCACAAGGCGCCGGAGCUUCGCAAGCAUUUCGAGUGUGUCAUGUUCCACCUUGGUAAGUUUCAUGGCAUAUACGAGAACAAUUGUCGAAUGAUGACGAGCGGUAUGAGCUACGCCGAUGUGCGGGAUUUGUCCCUAGCCCAAUUCACGAGUACCGUCAGUAGCGUCGGGUUCCAACACUGGGAAGCCUACAUGAAACUGAAGGAUCAUGAAAAAAUUCAGGCGGGAUUUGAGGCGGCAGCGACGACAGGCUCGAGGAGGACGAAGCUCGUUGGAUCCGAGAGUUUGAGCGGCAAUGGUCCGACGCCAACCGACUUAACCAAAUCGGUUGAGGUAGUUCAACCCACUCCUCGGUGCCCAAUGGGAGUGAAAGUGGCGAAGGGGAAGGGGAAGUCUCAGGGUAGCGCCUCCUAG